UCUAUUUCACAUUCUCUCUCACAGUCUCCCUCACUCUCUUUUUAGCUUUUUCUCACGCUUUCAGAGCGCUCUCUCUCUCCCUCUCUCUCGAUGGACUCUCUGUUCCCAAGCAUUUCUCCUCUUCCAAAACCCUAAGGAAAACACAGUUACUGCUAGGUUGUUCUCUUCAUAGUUGAAGCGUCAGAAUGGAUGGUUCAAGUCCAAGGUACACGGAGGGUGCUGCGGAAGAGCCACAAAGUCCAGAAUUAGAGAAGCCGACUGUGGGUGAGGAUAAUGUGGAAAAGCCGCAGAAGCAAUCAUCUGCUGAGGAUGUGAAAACAACUAAGAAUGUGAAACAGAACUCUAGGAUGAAGAAUGCUGGGUUAGGGAAGAAAGCGGAAUCAAUGAAUGGUGCUCAAUCUAAUUCCUGUGGGUUCAAGUCAUCAACAUUGACAAAACCUACCCUUAGUAGUGCUUCAAGGAGUUCUACUGGAGUCCCAGUUGCCAGAAGAAACAGCACUGGUGGCUUGCCUGAUAAACAGCCAACAACAGUUACUAAGAGGUCUACUACUAAUGUAAAUUCUGUUGUGGCAAAAAAGCCUACCUCCUCUGCCCCAGAUCCUGUGAGGAGAUCACUUCCUGAAAUUAGACGGAGUUCACUGCCAUCAGCUAAUGGCAGAUCCUUUACUCGAUCAACAAUUUCAGAAACUAGAAAGUCAGUUCCUGCAUCUCCUGCUGCCACUCCAAAAGCAUCAUCUAGUUCUGAUACAUCCAAGUAUGAUUCUGCUAAGAAGUCUUCAAUUAAACCAUCAUCUCCUUCCACUUCAAUGAGGAGCCGUGAAUCUAUGUCAUUUGAGAGCACAGGAAGUAGUGGCUCAACUAGAAAGGUAGUUCCAAAGUUGUCUUCUUUGGCUGCACGGUCACCUUCAGUUAACAGUGGAUCCAGGACUGGGUCCUUGUCGACUUCAUUGGAAAGAAGCACAGCCUUUUCUAGCCACAAAAAAACUGGAACUACUGAAAGUUGGGAUUCACGUCUUAUCAUGCUUCCUCAAGUGGAGAUCAAAGCUGGUGAUGAUGUGAGGCUGGACCUUAGAGGUCACAGAAUACGCAAUCUCAACAGCGGUGGGCUGAACUUGUCACCAACUUUAGAGUUUGUUUAUCUAAGAGACAAUCUCUUGUCCACCUUGGAUGGUAUUGAAGUACUAAAGCGGGUGAAGGUUCUUGACUUGAGCUUCAAUGAUUUCAAAGGUCCAGGAUUUGAACCACUUGAGAAUUGUAAAGCCCUUCAGCAACUCUAUCUUGCUGGGAAUCAAAUUACAUCUUUGAAAAGCCUUCCUGAGCUUCCUAAUUUGGAGUUCCUCUCUGUUGCUCAGAAUAAGUUAAAAUCUCUUUCUAUGGCAUGUCAACCUCGAUUGCAGGUAUUAGCUGCUAGCAAGAACAAGAUAUCAACUUUGAAAGGAUUUCCACAUUUACCUUCCCUUGAGCAUUUACGUGUAGAGGAGAAUCCUAUUCUUAAGAUGUCUCAUCUAGAAGCCAUGUCCAUUUUGCUUGUGGGUCCAACUCUAAAGAAGUUCAAUGACAGAGAUCUCUCUAAGGAGGAGAUUGCACUAGCCAAACGUUAUCCUGCUCACACUGCUUUGUGCAUCAGAGGUGGCUGGGAGUUCUGUCGUCCUGAUCAUGCUGUUGAUUCAACAUUUCAGUUUUUGCUUGAGCAAUGGAAGGAACAACUUCCGCCAGGAUACUUACUCAAAGAAGCCUUUAUAGACCCCCCAUUUGAAGAAGAUGCUUGCUACUGCCACUUUAACUUCUCUAAAGACAAUACUGAUGAUAGUGAUUCAGAAGUAGUCUUGAAAUACCAAUGGUAUAUAGGAGAGAGAACUCCGUCCAACUUCGUAGCAAUUCCCACUGCAACAGGAGAGUUCUAUUGGCCAAAGCAUGAAGACAUUGGCAGAAUUUUGAAGGUGGAAUGUACUCCUAUCCUGGGAGAAACAGAAUAUCCCACCAUUUUCGCAAUAUCAUCUCCUGUAUCACGUGGAACUGGAUGCCCAAAAGUACUAAGGAUUGAAGUACGUGGUGAUCUGGUUGAGGGAAGCAUAAUCAAGGGUUAUGCCGAAGUUGCCUGGUGUGGUGGUACACCUGGGAGAAGUGUUUCAAAUUGGCUAAGAAAAAAAUGGAAUAGCAACCCUGUGGUUAUUGUUGGCGCUGAGGGUGAUGAAUACCAAUUGAAUCUUGAUGACAUUGAUUCGUGUUUGGUCUUUAUGUAUACCCCUGUUACUGAAGAAGGUGCCAAAGGGGAGCCCCAAUAUGCAAUAACUGAUUAUAUUAAAGCAGCUCCUCCAUCUGUUAAUGAUCUACAAUUUAUUGGAGAUGCCAUUGAAGGUAAUAUCAUCAAGGGAGUUGGAAAAUAUUUUGGUGGGAGAGAAGGUCCCAGCAAAUUUGAGUGGUUGCGUGAAGACAAGGACACUGGGGAAUUUGUCUCAGUAUCAACUGGUACUAAUGAAUAUACACUGAUGAAGGAGGAUGUUGGGCGCCGCUUAGCUUUUGUAUAUGUACCUGUUAACUUUGAAGGGCAGGAGGGGAAAUCUAUGUCAAUUGUGUCUCAGAUAAUUAAGAAAGCUCCACCUAAAGUAACAAAUCUAAAGAUAAUUGGAGAACUGAAGGAGGGCAGCAAAAUUACUGUAACUGGUAUUGUUACGGGAGGAACUGAGGGAUCAAGUAGAGUUCAGUGGUUCAAAACUUGUUCAUCAUCAUUUGAGGGUGAGAAUGAUCUUGAAUCAUUGAGUGCAUCCAAAAUUGCAAAGGCUUUCCGCAUACCCUUAGGAGCUGUUGGUUACUUCCUUGUUGCAAAAUUUAGUCCAAUGACCCCAGAUGGUGAUGCUGGUGAACCAUCUUAUAUUAUAUCAGAAAGAAAAAUUGAAACCCUUCCACCCAGUCUGAACUUUUUAUCGCUCACUGGUGAUUGCAUCGAGGGUGGAAUCCUCACUGCAUCAUAUGGUUAUAUUGGUGGUCAUGAAGGAAAAAGUGUUUACAAUUGGUAUCUUCAUGAGGCUGAAAAUGAACCUGGUGCUGUAAUAUCAGAAGCUUCAGGCCUUCUUCAAUAUUGCUUAACAAAGGAUGCCAUUGGCAAAUUUGUAUCAUUUAAGUGCACUCCAGUGCGAGAUGAUGGAACAAUUGGUGAGUCAAAAGUUUGCAAGGGUCAGGAGCCCGUGCGCCCAGGAACCCCAAGAUUGCUUUCCUUACAAAUAGUAGGAACUGCUGUUGAAGGAGUUACAUUAAAUGUUGAAAAAAAAUAUUGGGGUGGUGAAGAGGGAGAUUCUGUCUACCGCUGGUUCCGGAUUACUUCUGACAGCACACGUGUUGAAAUCUAUGGUGCUACAACUUCAUCAUACUCACUUUCAAUUGAUGAUGUUGGCUAUUUCAUAUCUGUGUCUUGUGAACCCGUCCGUUGUGAUUGGGCCCGUGGUCCUAUUGUUCUAUCGGAACAAGUUGGACCUAUCAUUCCAGGGCCACCAACAUGCCACUCACUUGAAUUUGUUGGAUCUUUGGUUGAAGGGGAGCGUGUUGGCUUCAUUGCUUCUUAUAGUGGAGGGGAGAUGGGAGAUUGUUCGUGUGAAUGGUUUAGAGUGAAGACUGGUGGUGUCAAAGACAAAAUUAGUUCUAGUGAGUUUCUGCAGUUAACUCUUGAUGACGUUGGAGAAUGCAUAGAACUUAUUUACAUUCCUGUAAGAAAAGAUGGAUUAAAAGGAAGCCCCAAGAGUCUUCUGUCUGGACCAGUAGAGCCUGGGGACCCAAUGGGGGUUGAGUUAACAAUUCCUGAAUGUUGUGAGGGCAAGGAGGCUAUUCCUGAAAAGAGAUACUUUGGAGGACAGGAAGGUAUUGGGGAAUAUAUAUGGUUCAGAGCAAAUGAUAAGAUCCAUGGAUCCAUGCUGCUAGAUGCAGUAAACAGUCAAGUUGAUGCUCAUAUAUGUGACAGGACGUUAACAUAUACUCCUUCUCUGGAAGAUGUUGGAGCAUAUUUGGCUUUACAUUGGCUGCCAACUCGUGCUGAUGGGAAAUCCGGAAAGGCAUUGGUUUCAAUUUGCGAAUUUCCUGUAUCUGCAGCUUCUCCUGUAGUUUCCAAUGUUCAUAUAAAGGAGUUAUCAUCAAGUACUUACCUUGGGGAAGGCGAAUAUUUUGGUGGUUAUGAAGGAUUGAGCUUAUACAGUUGGUAUAGGGAAACUAAUGACGGAACAAUUACUCUCAUUGAUGGAGCAAAUUCUAAAACAUAUGAAGUCACUGAUGAAGACUACAAUUCUCGUCUGUUAUUUGGAUAUACUCCAGUCCGAUCAGAUUCUGUUGUUGGAGAACUUAAGUUAUCUCAGCCAACUGAUUUGAUCCUCCCAGAGAUUCCUAGAAUUGAGACACUAGCUCUUUCUGGGAAGAAUAUUGAAGGGGAUGUACUGACUGCAGUGGAAGUUAUCCCACAAAGUGAAAGCCAACAACAUGUUUGGGGAAAAUACAAGAAAGAUGUCAGAUACAAGUGGUUCAUUUCAUCUGAAAAUGGAAGUGAAAAUUCCUUUGAGCCUUUACCGUCGCAGCAUUCUUGUUCAUACAAGGUUCGGUUUGAGGACAUAGGCCAUUCUAUUAGGUGUGAAUGCAUUGUGACUGAUGUUUUUGGAAGGUCAAGUGAACCAGCAUAUGCCGAAACUGCUUCUAUUUUGCCAGGUAUUCCUAGGAUGGAUAAGCUAGAGAUUGAGGGAAGAGGUUUCCACACCAAUUUGUUUGCAUUUCGUGGUAUUUAUAGUGGUGGAAAAGAGGGUAAAAGUAAAAUCCAGUGGCUUAGAUCAAUGGUUGGAAGUCCUGAUCUCAUUUCUAUUCCAGGGGAGACAGGAAGGAUGUAUGAAGCUAACGUUGAUGAUGUGGGCUAUAGGCUAGUGGUGAUUUAUACCCCUGUAAGAGAAGAUGGAGUUGAGGGGCAGCCUGUUUCUGCAUCUACAGAUCCAAUUGCAGUAGAGCCUGAUGUCCUUAAAGAAGUGAAGCAGAAACUUGAGAUUGGAGCGGUGAAGUUUGAGGUGUUGUGUGACAAGGAACGAUCUUCUAAGAAGCUUCCUGGGGUUGGAAGUCUUGAGAGAAGAAUUUUGGAGGUUAACAGAAAGAGGGUUAAGGUUGUGAAGCCUGGUUCUAAAACUUCAUUUCCCACAACUGAAAUUCGAGGCACUUAUGCCCCUCCUUUCCAUGUGGAGCUAUUUCGGAGUGAUCAACACCGUCUCAGGAUCGUGGUUGACAGUGAAAAUGAAGUUGACUUGUUAGUGCAGACACGCCACCUGCGAGACAUAAUUGCCCUUGUUAUCCGGGGCCUCGCACAGCGGUUCAACAGUACAUCCCUCAAUUCUCUUCUGAAGAUAGAGACAUAGGCUCAUACAAAAUUGUAAAUUAAUGUGUAUUGUAUUCUCUAGAUGCUCUAAAUGGGGUACUAUUUUGUUAAGGUUCUAAUUUCUCUUGCCCGGGUAUUGUGUAUCAUGGAGUGUGCAAGUAAAUAGGUUUUAGAGGGAAUGAUGUAUGAAUGCAUAAGAUUGGUCAGCAUUGCGAUUGUUUUUAGGGCUUAGAUUUGUUUGUUCAGGGUUGUAAUUGUUAAGAAGAUUGCGGUUGAACAUCAUAGUUUUAUGACAUUUAUAAAAUCGUGAUUUGAUUUCA